GGUGGUUCGUGAGUUUUCCAUAAUCGCGUCCCGGAAUAAUGUCGCAGUGGAAAAGGGAUUUGCUGGUCUGAACGGCGGGUCGUGUCAAUCGGUAACUCGCGAUACGACUCGUUUAAUAAACAUGGAGGCUGAUUAUCAUCAACCCAGCCCAGCUCGCGCUUUGACAGCAAUGUGUAAUGAUAGCGAAGACCCAUAUCCAAGUUUAUCGGAUUACCAUGAUUAUGAACCAAAUCUGGAGUUCGAUGAUACGGAAUUGCAAACUACGUCAAAUACGGUAAGGCUUUUGGAUGAGAAACUGGAGCUGAGUUCAAGUGGAGUUGUGGUAGACUAUUUAGAGAGUCCAGUCAGCGAUGGUACGAUUGAAGAAAAUUUUGAAGAGGCUCUUGUGGAUGCCCCAGUUAUAAUAACCGAGGAAGACCUUGCAGCUCUGGAUACAGAGCUUGCCGAUGAAGAGGACUAUCAAGAUAUUGCUAAGCUCGGUAUUGUCGAAGUCGUGGGAGAUGAUAGUGCUGGCCGUAAAAUCAUUGUUGUGUCGGCAUGCAAACUUCCGCCUGUUGGUAAAGAAGUAUUCAAUCAUGCCAAACUUUUAAGAUAUUUAACCCGCACUUUGGAUACAUUUGUUGAGCAAGAUUAUAGUUUAGUAUAUUUUCACUGUGGUCUGACAUCAAAAAAUAAACCUCCACUUUCAUGGCUUUGGCAAGCAUACAAGGCCUUCGACAGGAAAUACAAGAAGAACUUGAAAGCUCUUUAUUUAGUUCAUCCAACAAAUUUCAUCAAAAUAGUCUGGCAGAUUUUUAAGCCAGCUAUCAGCGCAAAAUUUGGACGGAAAGUCAUGUACGUCAAUUAUUUAGAAGAACUAGCACAAUAUAUUAACCUCGAUCAACUCAUAAUACCUCAGCAAGUCAUCGAGCACGAUGAGCAAUUGACAGCAAAGAAUAAGAAAAAUUCUUUGGCGAGCUCGCCGUCCAGUGUAGUAGCGACUCCAGUUGGUACAACUCAGUUCGGAGCGACGUUACAAUUCAUCAAAGAGAAUAACGAUGGCGAUCCGAUACCUCCGAUAGUACGGCAAUGCGUAGAAUUCCUUGACACGCCUGAUGCGCUAGAAACAGAAGGUAUAUUCAGACGAUCAGCGAAUGUAACGGUGAUCAAGGAACUUCAAAGUCGAUGCAAUCAAGGAUUGCCAGUCGACUUCCGCGGUGAUCCUCACAUAGCCGCGGUCCUUCUCAAGACGUUUCUGCGAGAACUCGAGGAGCCUCUAAUGACAUACGAGUUAUACGACGAGAUAACGCAAUUCCAAACUUUCUCGAAAGACGAACGACCUCGCAGAGUGAAGAUUCUGGUUCUUGAGAAAUUGCCCGAAGACAAUUACCAAUUACUCAAGUAUAUCGUGCAAUUCUUGUCCAGGGUAAUGGAUCGCUGCGACUUGAACAAGAUGACGUCCAGCAAUCUUGCCGUGGUCUUCGGUCCGAAUCUGGUCAGAGCGCCUCCGUCGAAAGGAAUGUCUUUAUCGGCGAUAGGCCCCAUCAACCAGUUCAUCGACUUUCUCUUCAUCUACCAGGACAAGAUCUUCAUAAUUUAAAGCCGAGUCGAGCGGCGAUCAACGGCCUAAGUUCUAAUCAAAUCUGCAUUUCGAGCGAAUUCGGGAUGCAGAUAUAUUCAACUACCGGGAUUGGGUCGAAACGACCCAAAGUGACUCCGACUCUAGGGUCGUCAGGAAUUCAAUCUAGGUAAAUAACGUCCUCAACACUUUCUAGGAUUAUUCUAUAUCAAUCUCAUUUUCACCCUUGUGCCAAUGAGUCUGUGCAUUUCUUCUCUCGAUCAACCGAUUCCGUUAUCGGACGAAUUACCGUGCCCAUUGACGGUGCGCGAUAACGUCAUAGAGACAUCACCGAAACAAGUUACUCAGCGCAAGGAUAUUCUAACUCUGUCUUGUCCUUUCGUUUAUUAUAUUAGAUUUUUAUUUUAUAUUUUGUUAACGCGCUUCGAGACGUAACGAAACGCGAGAUACGAGGACGAGGAGGGAAGGAGGGCGUCGCCACGAGCUCGAGAAAUUAAUCCUUCGGUUGGCCCCGCGCCAGUAAAUAUUUAUUCUAGUUAACGGAGAGUAAUAACGUAUUAACGAGGAGUGCCAGGAGGUCGCGCACCGCCUUACCCGAGGGUUACUUCUAAGCGGCCCUUUUUAACGAAAUUCCCAGUCAACGGUGUAUUUAUAACGAGCGUAGAACGCGUCACGAGGUGUUGGCAUCAUCUCGCCCCCUCGCGAGAGGAUAUUUAUUAUAGCGUUUUCUAUUUCCCAUCGACUGAAUAUGAUUCGAUUAGGAUAUUUUUAUAUGAUCUUUCGAGAGAAGCGCGGUUAAACUCCCGGUUGGUCGUUUAAGUCGCGCGAGGUGUCUAAAGAUACGUUUAAUCCUUGCCUUACGAUACCGGUCGACAGGAAUUAAACGCACUCCCGUAUGACGCGUUAGGCAAGGGAUUAAUUAGGAUUUUAAAUAGGAUUCCUCUUUACGCACGUCUGUACCGUCUCUUAUGAAUCUCUUUUGUACAAGCCAAUGCAGUUCCGUGCACAAGAAACCAUCCUCGUCGACGACGUGGCCGUUAACGCGCGAAAAGGAGCGUUGAACGGGCGUUGAGCGCACCGCGAUGGUGAUCGAUGAUGUCAGCUUGAAAUUCGUGUAUAUUUAUACAUACAUAUAUAUAUAUGAAAUUUGUGACUCUAUACCAAAGAUCAAUGAAAGCGUCAUGCGAUUAAUGUAAAAUGUAGAGUUAUUCGCGGCGUUUAAGUCCGCGCAUAUGGGAUUAACGGCGUUUAACGGGAGCAGGGCGAUACGAGGGAUCGUGCAGUUCUGGAAUACGUGUUUUUUUUUUUUUUUUUCUAGAAGUCUGUACCAUUUCUUAUUAGGACCUUCGAGCCCUUUCGCUAGCCGACGCGAGUUUUUCGGUCCCUAUUUUCUAGUAAUCAUUGUAAGCCGUUUCCUAAGAAACAUUCCAGAUUGCUUUCGCCUCGCGUCAUGCGUUUCUAGAGCACAACGAAUUAUUGUUUCCCCGCCGAUCAAAGAUAGAUCCGCCUGGACCAGGUCUCAGAUUCUGGAUACGCGUAUCUACUCUGAUGACGGUAGACAAGUCUGCUAUCUAAUCACGAGAUUUCGGGGUCCCCGGUUAAUUCUAGUUGAUUGUGAAAUUAAAUCCCGGGUUUAUCCUUUCCUAGGAUCUGCCGCUGCAGAUCCUGGAUAAGCGUAACUACGAAGCGGACCGUCCGUCUCGGUAAUUAGCGUAUCUGCUUUUCGUUCGAUAUUUGCCAGGUCUGUUAUUAUGUCUCGGACAUGUUGCACAGCGAUUGAACAGAUUUCCUGGUACCGGUAGGGUAACGGACGCGUCCGACAUUAUAUUAAUAAUAUUGUACAUAUUCGGAGAAUAACCUGAUAUAGCGCGUAAGGGAAAGUCUAGCGUGUAUGUAUACAUAUUAAAUAGGAGCGUAGCGACUCGUUUCUUAAAUAAAUUUCUAACGGGUGUAGCCCAUCCGAGAAUGAUUUCACAGAAAGUAAUUAGAAAGUGGUACCGCGACGCGCCUCGCGCACAGAAUACGUCGACCGAGUAUUAUCAAAGUUAAUUAAUGGCUAAUUUAUUACGUCGCGCCCGGGACCUUCUUUCUCGAUUAUUUUUGGGCGCACCGUGCGAGCUGCAGAUCUUGAUGGAUGUGUUUCCACGUGUAUUAAUGUCACCAAGUGACGACGCAUUUUUUUUUUUUUUUUUUUUAAUUAAAUAGAAAAACAGACGGGUCGUAAUGAGGAGCAGGGUUUCGAUACCAUUCCGUGGGAAGGGCCAUCCAGCUCUCAUUUUACGUACUAAUAAUGUAGCGAACUAAUAAGUACAUGUAUGCCUUAUUUGUUGACAAAAAACAGUCGGGAAUUAAGGCGGACUGGCUGGUAUGCGAACCUCGCCCAAAAUAACACGAGAGCGAUUAAUUUCCGUGGGUAUCGAUGGAAAUGACUAUAUUCUAAAAUUCUAAUAACGUCGUUCUCUCAUUCCUUUCGAGGUUUUCAAUGUUUGUACACUAAAUCCAAAGUAAUUGUACUCGUUAGAGGUGUAUCUAGUUGGCUCGCACUCGGUACUGUAACAACGGAUAGCUCUUUCAUGAGCAACGUGAUGCCAAUACGUGCACAGUCCAUGUAUUAUACAUACCUGUGAUAGGGUAAUGAUUAUUAAUAUAUACAUAUAUAAAUAUAUAUUAUAUAUAUUAUAUAUAUAUAUAAAUCUUUAUCCGACAAACAGCAUACAGGAAAUUAAAUGGAUACGAUAUGAAA